UGCAGUAUUUCAGUAAUAACUCAAUAACAAAAUAAUAAAAAUAAUAAAAUCAUUCAUGCAACAUCAGUAAUAAUAAGUCUUUGUUAUCAAUGCCUAUCGACAGUAUCAGUCAUCAGGACGGUAGUGGUCCGCCUGUUAGCUGUUGAGUUUCUGUGUAAACUAAUUUAAUAAUAGCCUAUUGGACAUUACAGAAUAAAUGCUGUUUUGAUUUUUACAAGCUACUGUCAAUUAAAUAGGUUAUCAUCUAUCAUACAGACCAUUGUUACAACAGAAACUGAUUCAGAUCAGAUCUAUCAGGAUGUAAAUGUUUCUGUGACUUCCUAAUACUGUAUUCUGCCUUGAAAGCUGCUGGAAACUGUCCGACUUGACUGCAGUUUUUUUUUUUUUAUCGCUGCUCCCUGCUACUGCCGUACGGUUAUGGCGGCGUCCUCCUGCUCACACAUGCCACCUGGUGGUUGUUUGGGUACAUUGCAGCUUCUCCUGAAUAACACAAUUAGUCCCCCACUGCAAGACACGUGAUCCCCGCGGGACUCACGUGAGAGUCGUGUGAAUCCCACCAAAUUAGACCAGGACCCAAAAACAAAACAAAACAAAACAAAAAAAUAACCACAGUUAAUACAACAUCCUGUAAUAAAUCCUACCUGCAUGAACGGUGUAAUAUUUUUGUUAAAACUGUUUUUAAAGGUGUUGAUCCAACUUGAUAAUUUUGAAGGAUGUAGGAUGUAGUUUGUGGUGCGUUGAACUGUAUUGCCUUGUACUUGCAGAUGUCUGUAUUAUUUUGUCCAGCCAGUUUAUAUCUAUGUUGCUUCAUAUUCCCUCUUCCAGAUGAGCUCGCCAGAGUGAGGAGAAAAUUUGUGGACAGAAUGUCCAACGUACUGAUUAAGCAGCUCCUGGAAGACCUUUUACAGGAUGGCGUCUUGAAUCAUGGCGAGAAAGAUUCAGUAGUUGAGGAGUACAGCACCACAGCAGACAAGGCACGCGUUCUCAUCGACACAGUGAAGAAGAAAGGAGACGAAGCCAGCAGGAAGCUGAUUGCUCACAUUCACAGCAGAGAUUCAGCACUGUACUCUGAGCUGGGUCUGUCCUGUGUUCAACGUGCUCAUCCUGCUGCAGUGCGACAGAGUGAGCAGGAAUGGUCGAUCACCCUCAACCGUGCCACUGAGUCAUUCUGGAUGGACAAAAUGAAAGAUAACAAUGUUUACCCUGUGGACAAAAAAUCCAUUAAGAACCGUGUGGCCCUGCUGAUCACGAAUAUAAAGUUUACUGAUGAGAAGAUGAACAGAAAUGGAGCUGACAAGGAUGAGGAGAACAUGGAGAAACUGCUCACGGCUUUGGAAUAUGAGGUGGUGAAAUACACAAACCUCACAGGAAAGGCGAUUGAUGAUGCUAUACUUCAGUUCUCUAAACAUCCGAAACUCAAAGAGACAGAUAGUGUGAUAGUGGUCAUCAUGUCUCAUGGGAAACUGGGAAAAGUCCUCGGUGUCGACUGGAAAAAGGGUGAUGAGAAACCAGACGAGUUCCUCAUUGGCAACAUUUACAAACACUUGGGCUCAGAGAAAUGUCCAGCGCUGCUGGACAAACCCAAGAUCAUCAUCAUCCAGGCGUGCAGAGGAGAGGAGGAAGGAUCAGCAUUUGUUAGAGAUGUGGUCAGUGAUGAUGCGUCACAGUCAAAUCUGCCCCCGCCUGCUGAUGAAGACAACUUAGAGGCUGAUACGGUGAAAUGUGUACACAAAGAAAAAGACUUCACUGCUCUUCUGUCCUGCACUCCUGAUACUGUCUCAUAUAGACAAAGAGAUCUGGGGUCUUUUCUCAUCCAGUAUAUUGUUGAGGUAUUUAACACCUUCGCGCAUCAGGAUGACAUUGCGAAACUCUUCAUAAGAGUCAUGCAACGCUUUGUAAAGUUCUCCCCUCGAACUAAAAGACAGAUGCCGACCAAAGUCAGAUGCACUCUGAUAAAGCUCUUCUACUUCUUCCCACUUGACAAUAAGAUGACGUCACACAAUGAUCCUCCUUUGAGUAUGGGGACAACUGGAAGUGAUCUGUUCCCUGAGCAUGACUGGAUUAAACUUGAGCCUGAAGUGAACUGUGGGGAUGCAGACGAUGUUCCAACUUACAGCCUGCAGUCUGAAGCAGGUGCCUUUGAAUGCAGUGUCUCUGGCUUGCGCUGGGUUUGUAAGGAAAAGGUCAGCUUCAAGUACCAGUUUGGCUCUUGGGAGGGGCACUUGGACAGACUGGAAACCAUGCAGUACAUCCCUGGAGGUCCCCUACUGGACAUUACAGUCAUUGCUGGAAAGUUAGAUGAAGCACAUUUGCCACACUGGAUCUGCACAGAAGACAACCCUACAGUUUUAGACAAGUUUGCAGUCCUCCACAUAGAUACAUGUGGAGACAUUGUGGAACAAGUGUCUGAGGUCACAUCAUCCCAUGUCAAGUUGUAUCAGCCAGCUUUCUCUCUAAGAGGAGUCCUGAUGAGAGCCGGCUUCUCCGUGAGAAUUCACUGUAAAGUGUUAAUAUUCAAGACCAUCAGAACAUCCCUCACACUGCAUGUCUAUAUGAUCCCUUGUGAUCCGGCUCUAGAAGAGAAAAUACAGAACAAGGAAUCAUCCAGUGGAUACGAAAUGAUCCAAAAGCCAUACCCAGCAAAAUCCCUGAAAAUGCGUGACUGUUUCACCCUCACAGCUGAUAAGGACACUGCAGAAAUUUACCCUGAGAAAUUAAAGCUCAUAUAUGAAUGGUGUGGCCCAAACUUCUUCGAAGUGUUCAUUGACGAACCUGACAGUAAUUUCCAGCUCGGACUCACACACCAAACAAGUGGACAAGUGUGGACCUGUGCGAUUCGAAAAGAUGACUAUCAAAACACUGGUGAUGUUCCGGUAAUGUCUGAGUUUGCCAGACUGAGGCGUAAACUUGUGGGGAGGGUGUCCGGAGAGCUUAUCAAUCAGCUGCUGGAUGGUCUGUUGGAGGAUGGUGUCUUGAAUGACGGGGAGAAAGACUCGAUACUUCAGGAGAACAGUAACGAUGCAGACAGGGCACGCCGCCUCAUCGACAUGAUACGGAAGAAAGGACGCGAAGCCAGCAGGAAGUUGUUAACUCACCUUCAAAACAGAGACCCUAUGCUUUGUGCUGAGCUGGGGCUGCCCUCUGGCCCACCUGUUUAGUCAGGUAAGGUCUGUCUCAGCAGAGCUGGCCAAUGUUCAUGAGCGAGGGAGGCCUUGAUCUUAUUCAUAUCUCAGUUUAGGGCACAGUGAAAUAUUAUCUUGAACAAUUAUCUGAUGGCACUGAUAUAUAUUUUGGUUUACCUGCAAAGACUGAAGGAGAGAAACCCAAACUCAACCCUGCUGCUGAUACAAAGAAAUGACGAAUGAAGACACUCCUAAUUCAUUAUAUAGUAAAAGUCAUAUCAGGUGACAGACAUGAUCAAUGGUUGAGUUGUUAAUAUGUUAAAUCAACUCUCAAGAACUUGAUCAGUGCUGCACUGAUCAGUAUUUUUGUAUUAAGGGUACCGUGUGUAGGAAUUAGGGGGAUAUAUUGGCAGACAUGGAAUCUAAUUCAUAGAGUAUAAUCACCUGAAACUAAGAAUGGUUGUGUUUUCAUUGCCUGAAUGAGCCAUUUAUAUCUACAUACAGAGUAGGUCCUCUUCCACAGAGUCGUCCAUGUUGUUCUCCAGUCGCCCAGAACAGAGAAACCAAACACAGACUCUCGUCAGGGCCAUUGUGUGUUUGCGUUGGCCACUGUAGUUCUGCUACACGCAACUAAGUGGUGAACACAGUGGAGCAUUGAGCCGCUUAAGAGCUUGAUAUUAGGAGAAGGUUAAGACUAAAACAUAUCUAAAAAGAGAGUAUAAUACUAACACUGGAUUUAUUUCUUGUGUGGACUGAAACUGUGUCUGCUGAUAAUGUGUAAAUGUAGAUGAUAAACAAAAUCAUAUUAUUCACGUGAACAAAAAGGAGGGCAAUUUUUUUGUUGUUGUUAAUUAAGGUCAAUUUUUGGAAGCUCCUUGGAUAUUUACUGAUGGGUCAUUAAGUUUGUCUUUACUAGGUGUGGAAAAAUGUCUGUGAAUGAAAAGAUAACUCAUGUUGUUUCUGGCAUUUGUAUGAAUC